AUGGAAUUAUUUUCAUUAACAAAGAACAUAACAAUAACAGAUGUCCAAUGGCAUGCAUAUCCUAUUGGCUUUUUUCUAUUAUUAUUAUGCAUAUUAACUAUAUUAGGUAAUCUCUUAGUUAUAUAUGCUAUAAUUCGUGAACGUACAUUACAUACAUCUACAUAUUACUAUGUUGCAUCAUUGGCAUUUGCGGAUCUCUUAGUUGGAUUAAUAGCUAUGCCAUUUGCAUUUAUAUUUGAAAUGACUGAUGAUGAAUAUUGGUUGUUCCCACGACAUCUAAGAUUUCUAUGUGAUUUUUGGCAUUCAAUGGAUAUAUUUGCAACAACAGCAUCAAUAUUUGGUCUAUGUUCUAUUGGAUUAGAUCGAUAUCUAUUUAUUACGAAACCUAUUGAAUAUCCUACUUCAUUUAUAGCAAAUAGAUGGUAUUAUAUGCUAUCAUUCAUAUGGAUAGGUUCAGCACUUAUAUCAUUUCCAGCUGUAGUUCAUUUUGGAACAGUACGAGAAAUUUUGCGACGAUCAUCGACUUCAAAUGAAACCAUAUCGGUACCUUCAUUACUAUUUAAAGAAUGUGAAUUUCCAGAUAAUCCAUAUUAUAUAUUAUUCGUAUCGAUUGUAUCUUGUUAUCUACCAUUGAUUAUUAUGACUUAUGUUUACAUUCAAGUGUAUUUAGCAGCAGAAAAACAAAUACAAGCAAUCAAUUCCGGUUAUAAACAUCAUCAUUUGACAAAAUCUGCCAAAUCAUUUUUUCCUACAUUUCGUUGGAGAGAAAUUUUAACUGGAAAACGUUCAAAUACAAAUAAAAUCAAUAGAGUGCCUGAAAAUAAUUUACGAAAAAAAUCAAUCGCAUUAUUAUCAAAUCGUAAACCAUCAUUUGAAUUAAUAACACUUCGUAUUCAUCAUGGUAAAUAUCAAAAUCCAACUACAGAUUCAUCUAGACGAAGUAGUAACAAACCUAUGAAGAAAAUUCCACGUCAAUAUGCACGCACAAGUAGUGUUUGGAAAAAAAUUUCAAAAAAUCAAAAGGCAGCUAAAUUUAUAGGCAUUAUUAUGGGUGUAUUUGUUGUUUGUUGGUUACCAUAUUUUAUUUAUUUCAUAUUAAGUGGUGUAUUUGGUUUUCGUUUUAAAGAUGAUCAAAAUCAUGAAUUAUUAUUUAAAAUAUUUUCAUGGUUAGGAUAUACAAAUUCAUUAUUGGAUGUUCUUGUUUAUGUUUCUACUUCCAAAGAAUUAAGAAUUACAUUAUGUAAAUUAAUUUUAGGUCGUCGAUUGAGAUAUAAAUACAGUUAA